AACACUCCAUGCACCGUUGUUUGUCUCAAUGUUAAUAAAGUUGAGAACCAAAAAAACCCAAACUUUAACUGCGGAGGGAUUCCUCUUCCGCAACACUAAAGCUCCAAGUUGUAGUCAGGAAGUGGAAUCCGCUAGGUCAGUUCCGCUAGAGGUGGCUGUUGCAGUUAAUUUCGAUAACUACACAUUAUUAAAUACUACCUGUCCUCCGACAUGACGGCCAGGAACCCGGGGACGAAUCUCGACCUGGAGUGGAUAUCCAAAGCGAGAGUAAACACACAGGCUGUCCUGAAGAGAGCUCAGUGUAUCCAAGGACAGAAGACCCUCAAGAAACAGUGGCAGGCUGCCUGGCUGUUGAAGGCUGUAACAUGUAUUGACCUGACAACUCUGGCUGGAGAUGAUACACCAUCCAACGUCCAUCGGCUGUGUCUGAAAGCCAUCCAGCCAAUUAGAUAUGACCUGCUCAAGAAGAUGGAUAUGCACAACAAAGGGCUUAUGGUCAGGGACCUUGUGGUUUCCAUACCAGACAGUGAUGCAGGUGGCGAGGAUGCUCUAAAGGGUGCCUCUGUGGAACGUGGGGUGACUACUGCAGCAGUAUGUGUGUAUCCGUCUCGUGUGGCUGAUGCUGUCACAUCGCUAAAAGCAGCCAACUCCAGCCUCCCCGUUGCCUCAGUGGCCACUGGUUUCCCAGCUGGGCAGACGCCACUAGAGACACGCCUGCAGGAAGUGCGUAUGGCAGUGGCUGACGGUGCCACCGAGAUCGACAUCGUCAUCAACAGGACGCUGGCCCUCACAGGACAGUGGGAAGCCAUGUAUGAUGAGAUCCGUCAGUUUCGGGAGGCCUGUGGUGAUGCCCACAUGAAAACAAUCCUGGCUAUUGGAGAGCUAGGCACCUUCACCAACGUCUACAAGGCCAGCAUGGUCGCCAUGAUGGCCGGUUCGGACUUCAUCAAGACGUCCACAGGAAAGGAGGCUGUCAACGCUACUUACCCGGUUGCCAUAGUGAUGGUGAGAGCCAUCCGUGACUACUUCUUGUGUACAGGUCACAAGGUGGGCUUUAAGCCGGCGGGGGGGAUCCGGACGGCUCAAGAGUCUCUGGUCUGGCUCACUCUGAUCAAAGAGGAGCUGGGCAACGACUGGCUCUGUCCUCAACUGUUUCGCUUGGGAGCCAGUAGCCUGUUGGCUGAUAUUGAGAGACAGAUCUAUCACCACGUGACUGGACAGUAUGCAGCCUAUCAUGAGCUGCCUAUGGCCUGAAGCUGUGGACUUCCUGUUUUGAUGACCAAUCAAGAGCUGCCACGCAAGCCUGUCGGUGUUUGCCCAGGCAGCACGCUGACUCAUCUAUUCUGUUAAUAAUUCUUUUUAUCAAUGUGAUUUUUGUCCUUGAGAUCCUGAAAGUCUAAUCCUCUCUGAAAAUAAAAGAUAAUGUAUGUGGAAAGGUAA